GGCACGCCAGCCAGUUUGGAUUUCAAAAUUGGACGAUUUGCGCCCAAGGAUGAGUCGGCCAAGUUAUUUAGGGAAGCAAACGUCCUAUACUGGGCAAAAGCUCUGUUAGGUCUUGUCUACGACGUCAUUGACUGUGCUGUGGCAGGGGCAUCUGAGCCUGUACCAUUCGAUAUUCCCCGUGUGCGCUUUGUCAAAGCUGGUCUGGCGCUAUCUUACUAUCAAGAUAGUUGCAUCACGCGUGCAUGUUUUCUCCUCGAGGAAGUUAUCAACGGCAGAGACGAUGAUUUCGUCAAGUAUAUUCAUAACAUGGACCCCAACCCAUUACUUGAUCCAGAUGAACCUGGAUAUGACUUUGCGUUGUUCCUUGCCUUCACACAACAUGUACAGUAUGUGAAGACAGGUGGGCUGGUCUUCAUCUCUGAUUAUCAAGGU